UUCAACUAUUUUUAUAUGUGAUGAUUAUAGCUGGAAUAACUGAAGCUAGCAAUUCAACAAUGCAAGAAAACCAAAAAACUUUGAAUUAUGUUCACAAAAUAUUGUCACAUGUUGACAACACAAAUGAAAAAGAAUCAUUGAUUGCAUUAUCAUUGCAGUUAGUAAACCGUGACGUCAGAUUUUCAGCUGCUGGUUUAUUUUAUUUAGAUAGGACCUUAUACUUUACGAUUGCUGGCGCAACUACUACAUACCUUAUUAUAUUAAUUCAAUUUAGUUCAUACCAACCACCAAAUAGCAGUUUGAACGUUUCAGCUACUUCAUAAUUCCUUGGAGUUUUAAACAUAAAACUUUAACUUUGGAGUUUUAAUAUAAUAUAUGCAUGU